AAAAACAAAACAAAACUACAAUGUAUCCUGAAGAUAAAUGCAGAUGACUUUUCCAUUACCCAUCAAUUGAAAUUACUAUUUGCCAUUUCUUACCAUUGAAUGAGAUACUAAUAAAUUCUACUUUGUGAAGCAAGACCACUGUGAACUGAGUUAAUUGAGGACUUCUGCCUAGUUUCUCCCUGUAUAUUUUGAUAGCGUCUAUGGCCUUAAUGUACUACACAUGAGCUGCAGAUAGACCUCCUAGUGCGAAUAUACCUUCUGUAUGAUACUGUAUUCUUCUCACAAGUAGCUUUGAGAAAAUGUUACACUGAUACUGGCCAUGGUAAUUCUCAGAAUUACCUCUCCAUGACAUGGUUUGAGUGUGGAAAAUGAGCACUGAGCUUGCAACAUUUCCUUGGGGGAAAAACCUAAAACAGGAUAACCAAGGAGUUAUAAAUUUUGUCUCAAUACAAAAUUUUAUUUUAUCUUUCCACACAGUCAUGAGGUCAGUGAUAUCUACUCAAGCUUUUCACUGACCAGGCAGCUUGAGGUAAAUAAAGCAUAAUGUCCCUGCCAAGGCAGAUCUGAUUGACAGAAGCAGCAGGCACACUCAGUUCCGAUAUGAGCUCUUGGCAGUUUGCCACCUACCUGGGGGAGGUAGCCCUUGACUAAUGUCCCCCAGCUUAGAAAAGUGGCAUAGUCUGGAGAAAGGAAUCAAAGGGGUGUGAAAGUCAUCAAAGCAGUGAUAACUGCUUUGACUUGUAGGUACCGUGCCUUUAUCCUGCAUCUCUCUGCUCUCUUGUGUCAUCUUAUUCUUCUUCGCUGCGAUUGGAGUAAAUAAUAACUAUUACGUAUGAGGGAGUUUCAGUUUCCUUUUCUCGCACUGAUGAAGGAAACUGAAAACGUGACGAACAUCUGUACGAUUACAAGCCCAUGCAUUACAGUAUUAAGACCUUACUUCCCAUGAUGAACUCUUCCAUACUUCCUUGCCACAUGCGAACUCAUCUUAUUAAAAGAAUCUGAGGAGUUAGCUGAGGGAGGGGAGAACAAUUUUCUCCCGAUCACGCAGCCACCAAUCAACUUUAAAACAUGAAGGAAAAAUCCAGAAAAUAAUCAUAAAGCAUUCCUUGGAGAAGUUUCCAAACAUGAAUAAAAUAUAACAAGCCCCCUUCAUUGAGCUCAGGAGAUGUUUCACAAAGCGGAAGAAUUCUUACCCAAGCGGACGGAUAGUGAGAUGGACGAGAUGGACACGUCGGACACCCAGUGGGGCUGGUUUUACCUGGCGGAGUGUGGGAAGUGGCAUAUGUUUCAGCCGGAUACCAACAUUCAGUGUUCAGUUAGCAGUGAAGAUAUCGAAAAAAGCUUCAAAACAAACCCUUGUGGCUCCAUUUCUUUUACUACUUCCAAAUUCAGCUACAAGAUAGACUUUGCAGAAAUGAAGCAAAUGAAUCUCAUCACUGGAAAACAGCGCUUAAUAAAAAGAGCCCCCUUUUCUAUCAGUGCUUUCAGUUACAUCUGUGAAAAUGAGGCCAUCCCCAUGCCCCCACACUGGGAGAAUGUGAACACCGACGUGCCCUAUCAGCUGGUUCCUUUGCACAGUCAAACACACGAGUAUAACGAGGUUGCCAGUCUCUUUGGGAAAACAAUGGACCGCGGCAGAAUUAAAAGAAUCCAGAGAAUUCAAAACCUGGACUUGUGGGAGUUCUUCUGCAGGAAAAAGGCUCAGCUCAAGAAAAAAAGAGGCGUGCCUCAGAUUAAUGAACAAAUGCUCUUUCAUGGUACCAGCAGUGAAUUUGUGGAAGCAAUUUGCAUUCAUAACUUCGAUUGGAGAAUAAAUGGUAUCCAUGGUGCUCUCUUUGGGAAAGGAACGUAUUUUGCUAGAGAUGCUAUUUACUCCAGUCGCUUCUGCAAAGACGACAUAAAACACGGAAACACAUUCCAAAUUCAUGGCGUAAGCUUGCAACAGCGGCAUCUGUUUAGAACGUAUAAAUCUAUGUUUCUUGCUCGAGUGCUAAUUGGAGAUUACAUAAACGGAGACUCCAAAUACAUGCGACCUCCUUCCAAAGAUGGGAGCUAUGUGAAUUUAUAUGACAGCUGUGUGGAUGACACCUGGGACCCAAAGAUCUUUGUGGUGUUUGAUGCCAACCAGAUCUAUCCUGAGUACUUAAUAGACUUUUAUUGAUUUCACUCCCAAAUCUCAGUGGUCAAGGAAGUUCUGUGCUUUUUUUGCAGGAAGAUUUGCUCUCCUGUCAUCUAGCCACUAAAUGUUCACUAUCUGAUACUUUUGAAACAGAUAUGAAAAAAAAAAGUGGCCUCCAUAUAAAAAGACAUACUGACUUUAAGGUUGGUUUUUUGUUGUUUUGUUUUUGUCCGUUGCUCGUAGUCUUGUUUGUUAAAGAUUGAUACGAUACCGUUGCCAUUUGAACACAGAGGCGAAAGGUAGCACUCAAAACUGAAUCAGCUGAGUCUCAAUUACCGUGAUCAUUCAGAGUCUGUAAAGUUUACGUGUGUGUUAUAUUUAUUCAUAUAUAUGUCCAAAAAAUAAAAAAAAAACAGACAUAACUGUGUCGUCCCUUCAGAGGAAUUGAUCCUUUGUAAAUUGAAUCCUGACAUUAUUAUCCACCAAUCAAUAGAUUGCCUUGUUGGUCUUCCAAAGCGGGGAUUUAAAAUCUCAAAGCAGGCUGAGUACUGUGGGAAAAAUCAGAAAUAAAAAUGUUAUUUACCAAGCUGCCAGACCAACCAAAAGGAGAAAGUCAAGGUAGAGUGUCCAGCUUCUGAUCACCCAGGGGCGCAGAGUGCUGAGACUGCUCCUGUCAUUCUCUUAUCUCCUACGUCAGAACUGACAUGUGCUGCAGACUGUAAUUAGUCCACAGUUCACCCACCAGGGCUCUUGAAUUCUCAUACCAUGACUUGCUCCACACAGUGUUUACUGCCUCUUCAACAUGAAAUACUUACUGCUUUGCCGAAACAUGUAUUUUUCCCUUUGCUUUGGGGUCCCUACAAUAAUUACUUGUAAGAUUCCUUAUCUGCUCCCCACCACACACAGCUAUGCAACAGCGAUUCCUAAUACUCACAUUUUUAAGUUGGAUCUCCCCAUUCUGAAUCAUUGCAGAAGGCAGGGGGUUCUGGGAUCAAAUCUGGCUUAGCCUUUUGAGUAGUAAAUUGACAAUCUGCUAACACUUAAAAAGUUAGAUCCAGUUCAUAAUCAUGUGCAAUGGAAGUUUGUCUACCUGUUCCAUCUGUUUUGCUGUUAUUCUAUUCCAAAGAAGAAUAAGUAAUGUUGGAACAGCUUUCUGCCCCUAGAGGCGUUCUGGCAGAGGCUAGACAAUGAGUGGGCAGAAAUGUCAUACAAGAGUUCAGGUGUCAGUUGGAGGAAUUGGCCAUAUGAUGGUUGAGUGUUUCCCCACCUUGAUUUUCCAUGAUUCUACCUGAAAAAAAAAAAAAAAAAAAAGAAAAACACACCUGUAUCAAGCCUUGCCAGAAAACCUUUUCCUAACUCAGUCUAAUACUGAACUCUCUCUCCAUUAUCCUCAUUCAGUUUUGAGUGAAAAGUUGUGAACACAGGUUAACUUUUCAGGGAAAAGCCAGUCAAUGUUCCAUGCCUGUGUUGUUCAUUUUAGUCAUUUGCAUUGAGAGAACAUCUAGAAAUCAUAAAAAAGGAAGCAUAUAGACCAAUAUUAGGCAUGGUAAUUCUUCAACUGCCAUAUAUCCCCAGAUUUUUGUUGUAGCUCAGAAUAUGUGAAACUGUACAGUUGAAAGUAAGUAGUACACAGGAAACUGUUACGUACAAUACUUUGAAACCAAGCAGCAACAAAGAUUUCCUGACUUAGAUGUGCACAUUAAGAGCCAGUUUACAUGAAAGGCUGUGAAUAUUUAUGAGGAGCCCAUUUUAGAAACAUGCAGAGAUGAUCAUGGAAAUAAUUGGAAUAAAAGUCACCAGACUACCUUGUGAGAGAUAGCAAACUAUUGUUCUAGAUUCAUUCACAAAAGAACAAUGUUAGAGACAUUAGGAAUUCAGAUUUUGAAAAUCUUUUUAUUCUAUUUAUUUGUUACACACCAAAAAAAAAGAAAAAAGAGAAAAAAGUUACAGUAAUCUCUUCAAUAUGGCUGUCCUUUUUUUCAAUUUAACACCAUUUCACUUCCCGUCACUGGAACAGAGUAACUGUUGUAGCAUUUGGGAGUUAUUCUUGUAGAUGUGCAGAUUCUAUCUCGAGGUGUGACUAAAAGCCCAGAGUUGAGGUUUGCAAGACAGUCUGUAUGAACUCUGAACUUAACUAGUUGGCUCAGAUGUAGUAAAUAGAAUGGAUUGCAAUAGACAUUGUAAGAAAGAAUUCUGGUUUUCUUGUCUGACAAUGUACUGCCAAUUCUUUUAUAAUGAAGAACUAAUUUUGAUAAACUUUUCAGUGUGAUAGUGUGGCAUUAAUUGAUAUUAAAAUUCUGUUCAUUUUGAUCAAUAGAUUGAGUUGGGAACUCCUAAUUAGUAUAUAAUAGACUGGACACAACCAUCUGUCCCCUUUUCCUCUUGUCCUAGUAUACAUAGUAUGCGUGGUGAGAGUAAAGAGAACCUAUUCCAGACUAAUGAAUAAAUGAUUUUUAAUGAUUAUACAUUGAACAAAUUCCAGCUGAUAGUGAUUUUUCUCUUCCACGUUGAUGUCAGCCUCAGGGUAAAAAAAAAAAUGUGUUUAUAAGAAACAGUUUCAUAAAUCUUGUGGUUAUGAACAGGAAGUUUCUUAUAUUAGUGCAACUUUCAUUUCUAGACUGUUAUGGUGAUGCUAAAGUGUUUGGAGCCAUUUUUGAUAUGUGAAUAUAUUGUUUUUACAUGUGGUGAUUAAAGCUUUCCGUAGCAGGG